AUGGGUGAUUGCAUCGUCGAGUCAGAGAGUGCUCCCGGGUCUGGUGAUAGGGUCCUGGGAGAGGACGUAACUUUUCUCCCUAAAAAAGAUAGUUUGAAAAACGGCUCGGCCCUUGUAGCUUCUGAUGAGUGUCGUCUACUCACAAAGGAUGAUUUGAUAAGACUGGACAGGGAGCAACCCGUCUGGCGUCGUAUACGUAUCGCUUUAAUUGCUCUCUUCUGGAUCAUUUGGAUCCUUCUUCUCGUCGCAUCUGUUUUGAUUAUCGUGUUCUCACCCAAAUGCCCGCCUCGGCCUACAUUGCAGUUCUGGCAAUCGAAGGUUGCAUACUGGUUAAACCCUUUCACAUUCAAGGAUUCUGACGGUGAUCUGGUCGGUGACCUUAACGGUAUUUUCCACGCUUGUGCAUUUGGCAUGCUAGAAGUAUAUAUGCUUAUUUGUUGAUGCCCUUUAAAAUUGCACUCGGCUCAGUAGGACUUUAAAAUCUUGGCCUCUUACAGGUCUUUCCGAGGCAGCGGAUUACAUCGCCGAUCGCGUUGGUGCGGGGUUCGUGAUCUUAACUCCGUUAAUGCCAUGGUAUCCUAAGCACUUGCCGGCAUUUCGACCGAAUUACGAAUCAAUUCAUCCUACCCUUGGAACCAUGAAGGACUUUACAUCACUGCUCCGAACCUUCAAGAAGAGAGGUAUAGAGACAGUCAUUUCUUUGGAUUUCAAUGGGAUUCCGACGAAUCAUGAGUGGGCUAGCCGACCCGGCUUCCUGAUCCCACAAACCUCUUCCAUGAACGUAAGUUCUUACAAUACAGUCAUUUUCGUAGCCCUCAAGAACCUUGAACGGGUCUUUGGAGAACAUCGGGAGAAAUACGUUCUACUCUACCUAUGGAAAGGGUUCCGGAAUGGUUGACCUAAAUCUUGCUUCUUCUGAUGUGUUGGAGGCCGUGAAGGUACAGUCCAAUAUCCCCUUAACUUCCUCAGGAUGUGGUCAAAUUCUGGCUGGGUAAAGGAGUUGACGGGAUUUUGCUAUCUGACGCUGCGUUCUUCGUAGAAGACAGCGCGGCAUGUGCCGCAUCAACUGAUUGGUGGUAUUCGAAAUUCCCUUCAUGCAAGCUGUUUACAAAUGGAACACUCGACGUCGUGAACGAGCUGCGUAAAGUAGUUGACGAGUUCUCUGCAUCGUUCGGACGCCCAAAGUAGGUUGUUUUUGUGCAUACAAAUGUUUCUUAGGGUGUUAAUUGCUGAUGCUGGAAACACUGGGUAUGGCGUUCGAUCUCACGAUGACUCCCUGUUUUUGGCGGGAACCGGAGAGCGACCUGGCGCGCAUAUGGUAAUCAACCGUUACUUCACCCUAAAUCGAGGAUGGUAAGUGUCAGCCUUCGUUGAUGUUGCGACUAUUCCAAAUAGGAAAUUGCUUACACAGAAUUCGCCGCUAACGGAUACAUCUAUCGGAUCGUACAUAAAAAUGAUGAACUCAACCAACGUUACCGUCGCCCUUGCGACUGCUUCUCCUUCAAUCACACCGUCCUUUGACCUAAUGUCUACCGUAGCGACUUUCCUUUUACCCGGUGAGUCAUCUCUGCAGUCCACUGACAUGCCAACAAAUAGUAUUCUUUUGCUCGAGCCGUCCCAAUAGGGUUGUUAGUCAGUUUACAUUUUCAGUCUCUAAUCGGAUUCUUUGGUUGUUGUUUUGCAGGCACGCCUAUCAUAUAUUAUGGAUCAGAGCUCGGAAUAACCCCUUCAAAUUCGGCUUUACCACCGGACGUUUUUUAUCCUUUCGGGAUUCCUCCUCAACCAAACAAUGGAACAGAUUCCACGAUAGGCAGCUCGCUACCGAUGCCGUGGGACUCCUCUGGAAAAGGAUUUUCAGCCAAUUCUUCAGUCUCUAUGUACUUUGAACAGUACUUGUCUGACAGUCACGUAGCAGAGACCGUGGAGGUCAGUAUCUCUUCAUCCUCAUUCGCUGUUUAUCUGUUUGCGCAUUUUAUACGACGUUUUAUAAACUAGGCUGUCCUGGCUGCCAAUCGGGGUCCCAACACUUUCAGUCUGACGACGUCUCUCUUGCGUCUGCGCAAAGAAUACCCCAGUUUGCAGUGGGGUCGUGUGACAGACGACAUUUCCGUGGCUAAGGUGAGCGUCAGGUCUUCACUUGCUCUGCAUGCUAACAACUUGAUUGUCAGCCUUACACAUGCUUUUCUUUAUCUGCAGCCCAAACACGUUGAGAUAUUCAAGCGCGCUGCUGAGGGUUUUCCGUCCGUCGUGACGGUUGUCUUAUCCAAGUCUAAUGUGACGGCGGUAAUCGACUUUUCUCCAGUUUGUGAGAAACUCGUGCCCAUCUUUACACAACCGCCGUCCAGUUUGAUGGAGCUUAAGAAGGAACUCUCCUCUAACGUUGUAUACCUAGAAGCACCCGUGGACUCCGUUUAUGUUUUCCAAUGUUGA